GAGGAGGGCUGGCUGCUCCCUCUCUCGUCGUCUCUCGGUUUCCUCCGUUUCCAGCGGACGCUCUCUUCAGUGUUAACUUACAGGCGGCAGGUGUGUUCUCCGACAGUCAGCCGAAGCUUUUCUACACUUUGACAACGUUUUGGACCGAUUUUGGAUACUAAACGGAGCCGAUAAGUCCCACUGCAAGUAGGCUGACUACACUAUAGGCUACACCCUGGCUGUGAGGAUGUUGCAGUGGUAGACAGUGGAGCAUCUUCCUCACUGUAUCGCACUCAGCCGGCACCGUCAGCUGUUGCUCUAGCAGAGAGUGGGAGAGUCUGGAGCAACAAAAAAAGGCCAAACUAUGCGACUGACUUUCUACCGGUAACCGUUUUCCUGCUUCUGUCGACUCUUGAGCGGAUGCGAGCAGAGGUUGUCAACGAGCCUCUGGUUAUUUUCUGCCGUUUUUCGGUGCCGGAGGAGCUGUGCCAAUGGAGAAAGCGACUCCGCCGCCCCAGCCCCAGCUCCAGCUGUCGAUAGCGAAGACAGAAAGUCCUGCGGAGGACAUCUCCGGUCUUACCGACGAGGAACUGCUCAAGUGGACCAAAGAUGAUCUGGUGCGACGGCUGAGGCGGUCUGAGGCCGACAAGAUGAGCGUGAUUCUGGACCACGGGAAUCUUAUCCGGGAGGUCAAUCGCAGCCUCCAGCUGCACUUGAACGAGAUCAGGGGGCUGAAGGACAUCAAUCAGAAGCUGCAGGAGGACAACCGUGAGCUGCGGGACUUGUGCUGUUUCCUGGAUGACGACCGCCAGAAAGGAAAGCGUGUUUCAAGGGAGUGGCAGCGUUUGGGACGUUACAGUGCCAGCAUCAUGCGCAAAGAGGUGACCCUCUACCUCCAGAAACUCAAGGAGCUGGAGCUUCGACAGGAGGAGGUAAUCAAGGAAAACACAGAACUGAAGGAGCUCUGCCUGCUGCUGGACGAGGAGAAGGGAGUGGUAGGUGGAGGUGUUGGAGGGGGAGGGGUAGGGAGUGUAGGAGGUGUAGGGAUGGGAGGGUGCCGCAACUCCAUAGAUAGCCAGAAUAGUUUGCUACUGGUGCCUGGGCAUGGGCUCCUGAUGAGAGACGUAGGAGAUGGGAGCAGCACCUCCAGCGCAGGGAGUGCUGACAGCUCCGAUCACCCUCACCACAAGCAGCCUCACCUUGCUCCAGGGGCGGGCGGAGUUGGGAGCAGUGGUGGUGGGAAAGGGAGCCCAGAGCUUGUGCACAAACCAAGGUGUAGCAGUAUCAGUGGAUUAGCAGGCGGAGGAGACAGGGAGGUGUCCAGUCCUGUGCUCCCUACUGGCCGUCAUCGGAGUACAAGCCUGGAGUACCCAUACACUCUGCCACAGAUCUGCCGGCCCCGCUGUGGCUCCAUAUCCGUGCCUGACCACAGUAGAGUCAUGCGGGGUCUCAGCCCAGAGAAAUAUGGGAGGAACAUGGGUGGGCGGAGUCCAGAGCAGCACCCCAAGCACCACAGCUCUGAUCUCCUCCUGGGCCAGAGGCAGCACUUCCUGGGUCAGGGAGGCAGCGGGGAGCUCUAUCAGAGGCACAACAGAAGCAGCAUUAGCAGUACUGGCUGUGGGAGCCCUGAACCCAGGCUGGCACAUUUAGGGACCACUGAGCACCAUGAAAAGGUCCAUGGGGGCAGCCCUGAAACUCACAGGCACCAUUACAGUAUGAGCCCUGACCAUGUGAAGUUUGGCAGCCCUGUGAGGGAGGGGCAGAGGAGAGCGGCUGGAGACGAGCUGUCACCACACCAUCGAAGCAUUUACAAUGGCAUGAAUGCUUUGAUAUCAGCCGGCUGCUGCACCAACAACUGUAGAAAUGUCAAGCUAUGGGACAGCUUUGAUGCCUCCUCUUGACCACAACUUGAGAAGCUAAUCUCCUCAAACGGAGGGGGUGUCGCAGUGGUACAGCCACGCUGCAUCUCUGGCCUUGAGUAUCACGAGGGUCCCUGGACUCCACCCUCCAUGGCUCCAGAUUAGGCCGUCGCUGCGGGAUCAUCUGUGUCCAAAGCCCUGAAACAGCCUGCCUCCAUGUUUUUAUUUCUACAUAUCGGGACCUCAAGAGAAG